AUGACUAGCAAUAGCCUUGAGAUCCUCCUCUAUGGCUUCAACAGCCCUAAUCCUUCUGCCGCUGUAGAGGUCGCCCACAACUACCUCAACAACAAUAAGGCGCUUUUCAAGUUUGGUAAAGGCAAGCCAGCUAACACUGCAGCGUUUCAAUACGACGAGAAGCCCGUCCUGCUUACUUUCAAGGAUGUUCAACGAGCAAGGCAAUUCAUGGAGCUUAAAUUACCGAACAGAGGAUUUGCUGAAAUGAGAGCCGAGUGGAAAUGCGUAGUUGACGGCGACGAACUCAAAACCCUUCCCGCGCAGCUUUAUGAGUACCAAGUCAGGGUGAGUCCAGUGAGUGUAAAGAAUUCUAAAGGCGAGAUGGAAACGUUCCACAUCAAGCAGCGAAACGUUCUGCAGCGUGUUUUCAACGCCCUUGGCAAUCUACCCGCACUUUCUAGCUUGCGCUGGGCAACAAACUUCGAGUCUCUGUGGUCUUUGGAGCAAAUUAAUGGAGAGACCGGUGCCGACCCGGUCGGGCUGGUAUUCGACACGAAUUCCUUCUACUUCGAGAGCAGAGAUGGUGCCCCGAUGGAAAUGCCGAACGUCCGCCUGCAAUGCACACGCAUUCUCAACCUGCGCAACCUCACGUCGGACCUGCGAGCGGGCAAUGAUUCUGGAAAUCUGGAGUGCAUCAUUGCUGGACUGGACGCUCUGCUGACAAAUGCGAUAACGAGCUCCAAAAAUCACAGCAUACUCGAUCCUUCCAAUGUCAGCAGCUACUUCCUCCACCAUGUCGGGCCGAACAAGUUCUUUCACAACAGCAGCGACUUUGACGUGUCUUCCACGCUGAAAGGCCACCGCGGCUUCUUCACGUCGGUCCGACCGGGACAAAAAAACAUGAUUUUGAACGUCAAUCACGUCACGGGUUGCUUCUAUCGCCCUCUCCUGGUCAGCGAGUUCAUGCAGGAGAUGCUGAAAGCCGGUGCCGGGAUCGAGGACGUGAAGAACUCAGUGCUAAAGCUGCGCGUGCGGUUGACGUACGACCGACCCGCCUGCGACGAGAAAACGCCAAACUCCGAAGAUCAUCGUCGAAAAUGCAUUUUGGACGUCGGCGCAAGUCUUGAACAGCAGAUGUAUUCUACAAGAAGCGAGCCGACGUUGAGACGAAGAGUGUUGGACUAUUUCAAAGACAUUUUCACAACGCACAAGUCGCUGUUUGAUAAGACCGUGUAUUGCGCGAAUGUAGGUUCGAAGCUCAGACGCAGUAUCCCAAAGGGCGAUGAGAAGGGUUCAAACAAGGGUAAAUGGAAGGCUGAGAAGCUAGAUUCUAACGCUGCCGAGUUCAAGGAUGACGAGUCCAGGAUCGCUCUCGGAGAUGGAUACGAGAACUUUGAAAAAGCCGUGUGGAUUCCCAGCAACCUGCUAGAGAUUUACGCCAUGGUCAGAUACUCCAGCGAAGAUCCCACAACAGUUCUUGCCAGGAUCGAAAAAGAUGGGUUCCGAAUGUUGGGUCUCGACGAUCGGGCAAGAUUCCGUCGUCUCGACAUUGACAUCAGCACGAGCAUGCUACAAGUCACGGCUGACCAACUGAAGCCACCGUCUCUGAAAUGGAACCCAACGUCCGGGGGACAGCAGCCCCAUAAGGCGUCUUGGAUGAUGAAGGACUGUCGCUUUUAG